GUCUGAGUGAGUCCGCUGGAACGUGACGGGUAUAUAAAGGAACUGGGUCGCGCCAGGACAUCACUCAUCCCCACGGGCCCCCGUCUACGCACCGCUCGACUCCCGCCAUGAAGGUCCUGCUGCUCGCUCUCCUGGGUCUGGUCGCCCUGGCCGCCGCCAUGCCCUCCGACAUCAUCGACUUCGAGGAGGACCACAUGGAGCACGAGCAGGAGGGCAUCCCAGGAACGGCCGUGGAGGGCGAGUACUCGUGGGUAGCGCCCGACGGGAACGAGUACCACGUCAAGUACGUCGCCGACCACAACGGGUACCGCAUCGUCGACGACAACGUUGUCCCCAGGAUGCGCAGCGACGCCCCCGAAGCCGACGACGAUGACGACAACUAAGAGGUCUUCCGUCUGACGUCUUUCCUUUUCCUGGUCGUUCGCUUCGGACGCUUGGACUCUUCACUUCAUAAUCCGGCGUCUGCUUCUCCUUAGAUAUGUAUAAAAAGCAACAUGUAUCCAUCAUCAGAGAAUAUAUAUAUCUUGAUAAACAAAAUAAUUCAACCUGUAAAUAUUUCAUAAACCAUUACGAAAACUAGAAAUGAUAUUUUGCACACACACACACACACA